CAAUGAACGUUUCUUCUUUUUUCUUUUCCAGGCCAGAAUGAGAGCAAACCGCGUGUGUUCUCGCUCAGAAUGGAUUACGACGAGUGGACGCCGCUUGGACGCGGCGAUCCCCUGAAGAACAAUCCUACCUUCGAUUACGUGCCGCCCGUGCUGGACAGGGUUCAAUAUUGGCUGGAUUCUCACACGACCGAGCCGUCCACCAAACGGGACAUCCUCGUCCUCGGCGUGACCGCGAAGAAAACAAGCCCCAAGAUACCGGAGCAAUUCUUGAAAUUCGUGGACGGGCCGAAAUUCACGAGAUCGAGUCACCAGGACGUUUCCUCGUACAGGAACGACUUCACCGGGAGCACGGGGGCGGAACCGCCGAAACUGGUGCGGACGAGCAACUUUAGGAACGGGCCCCUCGACUACAGGAAUCAAAACAGGAUUCAAUCGAUACCGUCCAGCUACUACCCGAGCCCGUUCUACAAUCAAAAAACGAAACCUUACACGAUGAUGCUCCCCCCACCGUUGGCGCAGAAAGACAAGAUCGUGAGCUUCGUCGAGCCCACUCAACAAUUCAACACUCAAACGGAGGAAGGGCCGGUGCUUCAAGAUGCGCAGUUCUACGCGCCGCUCCCACCACCUUCGAAAACGUACAAUCAGCCGGGAAAGUCGCAGUUGAAAUUUCCCCCGAGCAAAAGCCCGAGCAUCUCCACGCAGGUGGAGACGAUCAAGAGCGUGUACGGGCCUUCUUCGUCGCCGCAAUCCACCGCCAGACCCAGGCACGAAACCGUGACCACGCCAUCCGUCUCCCUGGAAAAGUCCAAUUUGAUAUAUCAGUCGACCCAAACUCUUUCCGGUGGAUGGCCACCAGGUGGCGGCCCCUUGUCGACGUCGACCGCGUCGAACGGUGUCCGCCAGGCCACGGAUUAUUCCCGCGAUCAAUACGAAUCGAUCGACCACCAACCGGCCGAAUCCUCGAAUCACGAGGUGGUCGUGGAACAAAACGCGAACAUAAUAGUCGACGGGGACAGCAACGAGAACGAGGAGGUGGUGGUCGGUCAAAAAGGUGUGGAUACAGCGUCCCCUGUCACGACCUCGAUGACGACCAUUACGACGACCGACUCGGGAAUCAACGAGGGGAAGGAAAACGCGGAGAACGAGCCGAUCGCGUCGUCCGAAAAGAUGCACAUCGUGGUCGCCAAUUCGCCUCACGGUCUCCCAGACACCGAGGCCACUCACGAGACGAAAAGAGAGCCGGUGGCGGUGGUGAUGCCGACCAAUUAUCAAUCGGAGAAAAAGGCGACUUACGCGACAUCUUCGAGCUCGGUGACGCCGGCGGUUACAACAACGGUGGAGACAAUCGCGACCUCUAGCCUCCCGGAAAAUUCGACGACAAUGGAGGCGGAAACGUCGAGAGUCGAGUCUCAACCGAUUCGAAAUUCGGCGAUCAGGGGAUCCUCGAUCGUCUCGGAUAAUUCCAAAUCGCCUUUAUUCCCGAACAAGAUGGUGUCGGGUGUUCAACAGCACGGGAUGCAUUUCCACUCGACGAUGGCUCCUCCAUUCUCGUCCCGACGCCCCGUCGACUCUUUGCUCGGGUUCGGACCACCGCAAGCUCCCCUCUCCUCCAUGAUGCAUCCACAGACCAGGCCCAAUCAUGGAACGAUACACGUUAUCAGUGGUAUGCGUCCAACCGUCGGUUUCCGCGCUCCAGCCUCGAUGCCCAUGUUCCCACCGAUGACGCACAUGCACGCGCCACCGCCUAUGAGAUCGACCAUCGAUCACGUGGAACAUCAGUCGGGGGCGCAUCGGUCGCCGCAGUUGCACAAUUUCCCCGCAAUGUCGCCCGACUCGCCGCCACUCCCCACUCUGACCGCGCACUCGAUCGGUCAAAGCGAGGAGCACUAUUUCGAUCGACACCGAUCCCGCAUUCCGGACACCAGCACCGCGUCCAUCUUCACCACGCCUACCGCACCUUCAUUCUUGCCUACCGUCUCGUCCUCGGCCGAGAACUCGCCCGUGCCUCUUCUCGACACUGGGCAUACUCGACAUCCGGAAAUGAUAGACCGUGCCCCGGUGAAAACGAGCACGGAGGGAAAGAGGGAAGAGGAGGAGGAGGAGGAAAAAGAGGAGGAAGAGAACCGAAAAAACGUAUCGACCACACCGCGAAUCACUACCAUGCCCAGCUUGACCACGGAUCCAAUUUUCUCCCAUUACAAACAACCGGCCAAACCUAUCCGUGGCCCGAUGUACCUCAUCAUCCAAGGUCAUUCGAAGGUGAAGACUUACAAGCCCACGGUGAGCAAACACGGUAUACCUGUGGAGGGAAACGAGAUCUUCGAAAGCGCGACCGAGAGGCAGCUGUCGAAAUUCGAGCAAUUCGUCCAAGAGAGCACGAGGAACAACAAUCGCGCGAGCCAGGCUGCGAUCGAGAAGAAGAAAGCGGAGGAAAAAGCGCGUAGCGAGAAGCUCGCGCGAGCGCGUCAGAAUGAUCUUAUGAGCCUGGUCGAGAGUGGUCUGGCUAGCUUCACCGUGCCACCUUCCUCCUCCACGACGGAGGACGAGCAUCGGACGAACUCGGUGACAACGAUCGAGAUAAACGGCAAUUAAAACUGUUCCCGAUGGAGAAAGAUUUUUCUUUUAAACGCUACUUCCCCCAAAGUCCCACAGGAAUCCGACGUUCCACGUUCUACGCGUAGGAGAAACAGACGUGAAACGAACGAUACGAGCGAAUUUGCGGGACUGCGCGGUAGUUAAUCAAAGUAUAGGAUGAGAACAAGGAUGCGAGGAAGGUUGGUUCGAUCGUAGCUUACUUGAUAAUAUGUAUUUAUUUAAUUCGCGUAGAAUUUCACUCGAUCGAAUUCUCUCAACAAUUUUUCAUGCGUUUUCCAUGCGUUGUUUAAUUAUUUUACUCACGUAAUAUUACGCGAUCGUUAUCGCAGAAGCUCAUCGUGGCAGAUCCGCGAGUUAUCGAUCUUAGCCACGGUCUCGUCUUCGAUACGAGAACGCGCGCCAAUUUCUAAUGUGCCAGUAUACGUAGACACGAGCGCGCGUGCAGAAUGAAUGCGUAUAAAUCAAUACACGCAUGCAUAUAUAUAUAUAUACACACGUAUGUGAA